UUCACUAAUAAAAAUUGUAAACAAAUAUAUUGUGCUCGUAGUUGGUGAUUUUUUUUCUGUGUUAUCGCUUUACCAAUUCAAACAUUUCACAAGCGUACGAAAUCCUGACAAUGGCAUCUCUCCCGCCGAAGGACGACAGAGUCACCAAGCAAGCCGACUUAAAACUUGACACCAACCCAAAGCUGGUAACGAAAGCGACCGAAAUUCUCGAACCAUUAGCAAACACAACGGUGGAACAAAACCUGGAGCACGUCCUGGACGCUGUCAAAACGGUCGAUCAAACGUGUGAUUACAAACGGUGCAAGCAGAAGACCACCAUGAUGGGCUCGGACUGUGGUUUCUGCAAGCAGAGGUUCUGCUUUAAGCACGGUCUCCCGGAAAUCCACGGCUGCGGGGAAGCAGUGAGAAAGGUUGAAAGAGAAGCUUUUCUACACCCAUUGCCAGCGAAAACCGUUCAGGCCCAAGAGGAUCUCAAGAAAGCACAGGGUAGACUGGAUCAAAAGUUGAAGCAGAUGAAUUUGAAUCGUAAGGCUAAGCCACCCGGCGCAGGAACAUCAAAACGCAAGGGGAAAUCGUAAAGUUUCGAAUUUAAAAUUGUUUGUUUUUUUUAUUGAAAUACUUGCUGUGAGCUAAAUACAUUUAAGUAAUAAUUA